CUCCGACUACGCUUGUUCCGCUCCAGUGUCCGCUACCCCGCCAUGGACGAUGCCCGCAAAGGCGACGCUGCGCUCAGCGCAAGCAAGCCCGACGAGGCCAUUGAGCACUACACCAAAGCUCUUGGAGUCAACCCUACCGCCGUCAAGUACUACAUAGGCCGCUCUACAGCCUACCAGCGCACUUCACAAUACCCCCAAGCCCUGCACGAUGCCGAGGUGGCGGUGGUUCUUGCGAAGAAGCGCGGCUCACGCGAGCUCAUCAAGGACGCCCAAUUCCGACGUGCCGUCGCGCUGUUCCACCUUGGAAAUUAUGCAGACGCCGACUUCCUUCUGCGCAUAGUCAGGGAACUCGAUGAAAAGGACAAGAUGCUGCCUAUUUGGGAAUCCAAGGUCGCAUCCAAGCUCAAGGAUGUACCAGAGGGCGACGAGCAGAAGACCGUCACCACCAAGGAAGACCCCGACGUCCAAGUGCCCAGCGCGACCACGUCUACCGCUGUAUCCAAAUCUGAAGACUCGGCAGCAAAGCAGGCCCCAAAGCCGCCUGCGCCGACACCCAAGGAGAAGAUCAAGACGGACUGGUACCAGUCCAACGAUACCGUCACUCUCAACAUCAUGGCAAAGGGCGUGCCCAAAGACAAGGCUGUUGUAGAGAUUGAGCAAGACUCGGUCGCCGUCUCCUUUCCCAUUGUCGACUUGUCGUCUGAAUACAGCUACAACGCCGAUCCUCUCUUCGCGCCCGUCGAUCCCUCGCAGUCCAAAUACCGGAUCACAUCAAACAAGAUCGAGGUGACGCUGCGGAAAGCAACAGCAGGCGUGAAAUGGCACAAUCUUGAGCGCGCCAAUGGCGAUGCAGCCACUGUUGCAACAUCACAGGCAUCCACCACUACUUCCACUGUCAAGGAGACUGCCCCCGCAUACCCAACAUCCUCCAAGUCAGGCGCAAAGAACUGGGACAAGCUGGUGGUGAAUGAUCUUGACGACAAGGACGAGAUUGAAGGUGACGAGACAUCUCACUUUUUCAAACAACUCUACAGUGGAGCCACGCCCGAGCAGCAGCGAGCCAUGAUGAAGAGUUAUUCGGAGAGCGGCGGUACAGUCUUGAGCACCGAUUGGAGUAAUGUUGGUAGCAGGAAAGUGGUCCCGGAGCCGCCAGAGGGAAUGGAGGCGAAGAAGUACUAGUACGAUUCACGUUUAGUGCAUUUCAUGAAUUACGCAUAGCAAGGUGUUUGGGAGGUCUCGAUUCUGCAUUCAUACAAAGCAUGACACGAUGAAUAGCAUGCAUUACAAAUCCACGUGUGGCUACGCUACCCCUCAAGAACGGGUCCUGGUUGCAGUGCAUUACUAACGUCGCAUCGUGCUUCCGCCGAAUCACCGAGCUCGCACCCGACGAUACGUAAUGAGGGGCGGUUUGAAAUUCCAGGUUCCCCGCAAACGUCAUACCAAUAGCAUGGCAGACUUUGCCUUGGCUGAGCCUGACUAGUAACUUUAUCACGACCAUCCA